AUGCAGUCGAAAUCCAUCGCAUCGCAUCCAGGCGCAUCCAACGUCGGCCAUCCCGAGCUCGACAGCCCUUCCAGCUCAGCGUCGCCUGGGCCACGCUCGCCCUCUGGCACCGCCACCCCCGACCGAGCUUUUGGCACUGGCAACGGCUCGAUUUCAGCUUCUGUCUCGAAAGCAGCCGCGGCAGGCGCAAGCGCAGGUCCCAGCCGCCCCGCAACAGCCGCCCUCGCAGCCAAGAUUGCAGCAUCCCGACAGCACGGCACCGUCGCAGACGCCGUCGCCGCUUCCCUCGGCAGCAAACGAGAACGCAAGAGGAAGCGCAUCCACUACAGCUGCGCAGAAUGUCAUCGUCGCAAGCACAAGUGUGAUCGCCAGACACCGUGUCAGCCCUGCAUUGACCGAGGUCUGGGCGACAGCUGUCGACCCUUCGAGGAUGGCGAUCAGUUCGGCGACAUGCGCGACCGCGUACAACGACUUGAAGACAUCGUCGAAGGUCUAGCUAUCGCGCAUGCAGAGCUCGCCAAGGAACUCAAAGACUCCCGCGGUCAGAUGGCCGCCUUUGUCGAAAUGGUCUCCGACGACGACGACCAAGAUGCCGACCCUGACGAUCCUGCUGCUGCAUCACGGCCCAAGACCAAGAAGCGCAGAAGGAUCAUGCGUCCCAGCACGGCGCGAGGCAUCGAGAGGGAGGAGCUCUUCAACUCGGAAGCGCAAGCCAUCGCUGCUUCCAAGGGCGAAGUCGUUGAUUCUACAAACGGCAAAGGAAGCGCGCCACGCUACGAUCUCGGCGGCAAUCCGCUCGAAGGUGGUCUCGCUCGCGACGGCGAUAGCUGGUUUGGCGCUCUCGCUUUGCCUUCUGUCAGCCGUGGUGUCAUCGAGACAGAGAUCAAUGGCGAGCGUCUCGAGCUCGGUGCCAACUUCCCUCGCUUCCCUGCUUCGGUCAAGCUGCAUCGUCUCAUUCACGAAGGCGGUGCUCCCGAGAACAUCCUCAGCGAUCUCAUGAACUCGCUUCCUUCCAGAGCCGACACGGACCGUCUCCUCGACAUCUACUUCCGCGACAUCAAUCAUACCCGUCUGCCAAUUCACGAGGGCACCUUCCGCCAGUCGUACGACGAGCUCAUGGACUUCCGAUGGGGCAAUGCAAAGGAAGAGCGAGGCGACGACGGUGCGAGGCACGUGCCCUUCCUCGCUUUCCUCUUUGCUAUCCUAGCAACUGCCAUGAGGUCCCUGCCAGAAGCGCUAGGCAGCGAAUCCGAGGCCAAGAAGGGCGCUGUCCGCCUCUACCACGCCUGUCGACGCACCAUCAACAUUGCCUCGACCAUUCGUGUGGACCACAUCGACCUCGUGCUCGCGCAUCUCUUCGCCGCUCGCUUCUUGAUCUGCCAGCGCCAGAGCGCAGAGAGCUGGUCGCUGCUCGGCAACGCUAUUCGCGCCGCACAAGCUAUUGGUCUCCACCGCGAUGGCAGUAAGCUCGGUCUCGAUGCCAUCACCACAGAACGCAGGCGUCGACUCUGGGCCAUCAUCUUUUACAUGGACAAGACCACCAGCAUCCUCCUCGGUCGUCCGCAAGCCAUCCAGGAGUUCCACUGCGACACGCUGCCGCCUUCCGACAUCGACAUCGACACCAUGCCGCGGUCUGCUCGUCCCUACGUCCCGCGUACCAGACCGCGUCCCAACACACCACCAGGAGUGUUCCUCUUUGUCGCCAUCCGCCACGAGCUCACCCGACUCACGGGUAAGAUUGUUGAGCAUUUCCAGAAUCUUGCCAGUCCGCGCAGAUAUGCCGACGUCGUGGCACUCGACGAGGAGCUUGAGAAGUUCCGCAAAGACAUUCCGGACAUCUACCGCGUCGACAAGGUGGCCAACGGCACAGGGCCGGACACCAACAAGGAGUUCGAUACCGUCUGCCCCUGGCUGCCGCUUCAUCGAUACCUGCUCAACAUCGAGUAUCACUACGUGCGCAUUGCUCUGCAUCGACCGUACGUGCUGCGCAACUCGGAGAAGUACUCUCAUUCUCGGACGGCAGGUUUCGAAAGCGCCAAAGCAGAUCGCAAGGUUCGCCAGGAGUACCGCAAGGACGUCAAAUGGGAGCCCGAGCGCGCGCGCAAAGUGCACAUGGGCGGGCUGUACCGUCUGUUCAACGCGACCAUGAUGAUCGGCAUCGCGCUGUUGCUGGAUCCCAAUGGUCCGGAGGCGCCGGACUUCCUGUCGUACCUUGACGAGUUCAUCGAGCUGCACAAGCACCGUGAAGGGGAGGCGGACCAGUGCAGCAAGCGUGAGGUCAAGAUCAUCGAGCUGUUCCGGGCCAAGGCUCGCGAUCCGACGUGGUGCGCGACGUCGGCGACGGGUGCAGCGGGUAAGAAGGCGGACAAGGACAAGGCCACCAGCAAGGGACGCGCCAAGGACGCAACGAAGCGCGAGAGCGAGGGCACCGCAGGCGUCGGCACGGCCGCUUUCAGCUCCGCCAUGCUGCUCGGCAACACCAAACCCUCGCAACUUGCCCGUGCCAACUCGGUCAACACCACGGAGAGCAUCACGCCGCCCCCCUUUGCGGGUCUGUUCGGCGGUCCCACCGCAGCCGCAUCCGGUCUCUCCCUCGGGACCGUGUCGACCGGCACGACGAGCGAUGCAGCCACCGAUCUGGCGCAAAGCAUCUUCGACCAGCUCGGCGGCUACGAGCCUAGCUUUGGCAUGCUCAACCCCACCCCCAACGAUGCGCUCAACUUCAACGCCGGUAGCGGCCUAGGGUUUGGACCGAGUCACACGUCCAACAGCAUGGGCUUCGAUUCUGCUGCAGGGUUUGACAUUACGAGCUACUUCAACACGCCUCCUGCCUCGGGUGGGGAGCCGGGGGUGACGGCGCAGGCAACGUCGGCGACGCCCGCACGCAGCGGCGCAGGAUCGAUCAACAUUCCAGCAACGACCUCGGAGCAUAGCGGACUGCCCAACUUUCAGCCGAGCGCACACCCGCAUUUGCGCGCGCUGAAUACCACGGGUGGAUUCAACGGUUUCCCCACGCCUCCCCCCGGUGCAGGUGCAGGUGCAGCGCGUGGUGAAGGGGGCGCACCGAAUGGCACGGGGGCAAACGGCGUUCCCGGAGACUGGGGUUUGUUGCCCUGGGGCGGACUCAUCGAAGCCAUCGCCCAGAGCUCGCAUGGCAUGGAGCAUGGGCAGAAUGGGUCGGGCACACCGGGCAGCGGGGUCGAGUUGAAGACUGAAACUCCCGAGGGCGGGGAGAAACAUUGA